AUGUACCACAGCAGCAGUCAGCGGCGGCAGUGGACUUUCCGCGACCAGGAGGCGCUGGCGCAGUGCCGGACCGAAGCAAACCGCCGGUUCCGCAGCAAAGUGACGGCGAGUGGGAAGGUACAGGCCACCGACCCUGUUCUCUUGGAGCCUCAUGAGGAGCUGGCGAUAUGCAAAUUUUACGAAAAGCGGUUGCUGGACUUCUGCACCGUCUUCAAACCUGCCAUGCCGAAGUCCGUGGUGGGAACUGCUUGCAUGUAUUUUAAACGCUUUUACCUCAACAACUCAGUGAUGGAGUAUCAUCCUCGGAUAAUAAUGCUAACAUGUGUAUUUUUGGCCUGCAAAGUAGAUGAAUUUAAUGUGUCCAGUGCACAGUUUGUUAGCAACCUUCAUGAAAGCCCUGUUGGACAGGAAAAAGCCCUCGAGCAGAUACUGGAGCAUGAACUACUGCUUAUUCAUCAAUUGAACUUCCAUCUGAUCGUCCACAAUCCAUACAGGCCAUUUGAAGGGUUUCUAAUUGAUCUGAAGACUCGCUAUCCAGUGCUGGAGAAUCCUGAGGUUUUGAGGAAAUCUGGUGAUGACUUCCUCAAUCGAGUGGUGCUGACAGAUGCAUAUCUGCUCUUUGCUCCAUCACAGAUAGCACUUACUGCCAUAUUAUCUAGUGGUUCAAGAGCAGGAAUUAAUAUGGAAAGUUAUUUAUCAGAAAGCCUUAUGCUGAAACAAGAAAAAGCAUCAUUAGCCACUUUACUAGAGAACAUGAAAUGCAUGAAAAAUCUCAUAAAGAAAUACGAGAUGCCAAAGCCUGAAGACAUUGCUUCUCUGAAGCAGAAACUGGAGAAGUGUCACAGCUUUGAGCUUUCACUUAAUGCAAACCCGAAGAAGAGGAAGGGUUAUGAAGAUGAUGAAUACGUCUCAAAGAAAUCUAAAAUGGAUGAGGAAGAGUGGACUGAUGAUGAUCUUGUGGACUCAAUGUAACCUUGAAGGAAGAUGGAAUCCUACCACUGCAGGAAUUGCUCUUCAGUGUCAAGCCUGAACUCGUCACAGGUUACUUACUCUGUGUCAUGAGUAUUUAUACCUUUGCAAUAAAACAUUUAACUUUGUUAAAUAGUUAGUUAUAGCUCAAUGAAACCCUCCAUUCAAGGUCAAACAUGAGUAAAAAAUGUUUGCUUUAAGAGAUCUGUCACUCAGGGAAGAGCUUUGCUUCAGGAGUAGUUUGAGAUGUGACUUCAGUACAGGACGGGAGCAUGGCAUUGGCAGACCUGGAUAAAUUCUGGUAACAGACCCUUACAUGCUUUAGAGCAAGAUGUGCUCCCCUCUUCCCAAGCUUGUCACUGAAGCAUUUAAAGGAAUACAGCUGUGCCCAUAAUGCUUGAUAGGUUUGGGAAGCUCUUCUCAAGUGUACCAGAAAGCUCUAGCAACACAUUUUACAACACAGAAGGUAAUAAUCACCCCUGUGUGACUUAACUCUGCAGCUGAGAUUUCAGAUUAGAUUGCUGUGACCAACUUACCUAGGGGGCAACUGAGAAUAAUAUUUUUUCAAUCAAGUAGUGAGAUGUUUUCCAGAUCCAAAGCAACGUCUGUUUCCUUUUCAUGCACAGAAUGUAAGCGGUUUUACAGUACACACACAUUUGGGAGUUGCCUGGUUUUCACUCUCAUCGAGGGGUAAAUAGCCACCCACAUCUGUUCUCCAAAGCUUGUACUUCUACCAUGUUAUGCUACCUACACUCAGCCAACUCAAUCUACAAAAUAACCUACAUUAUCCACUUUGGUUUUGACAAAUCCAGUAUCAGGGCUCUUGGCUAUUUCGUUUUUACUCCAGGGACCCUGACCCCAUUUCCACACUACCUUCAUAGCCAAGUGAAGGAGAUGUGACUGAAUACAGCUUAAACCACAUUCUGGGGUUCUGACCUGGCUGGAAGCUGCAAG